AUGCUAUUUAAUAAGCAUUAUGAACACAGUUUGGAUCCUACAAUGUGUCAGUUUGAGAUCGAUAAGGCUUUGACAAAGCCUAUGUUAGAUGAUAUUGAAAAGGUCUAUAAUAAAGACCUUUAUAAAGUUAUUUAUAAAUAUCACCGAGCAAAUUCUCAAUUAGAAAAUGAUAUGUCACGACUAUUUGAAUAUCUUGAGAAGCUUAAAGAAGAAGAUUUUCGUUAG